CUCAGCACCGAGGCGCCCCCACCUGCCCAGCCCCCAGCCCACCAGCCCACCAGCCCAGCCCAGUGCAGGAGAGCCGGCCGGCCUGGGGUUCGGUCCCGGGGGGAGGGGAGUUUCUGGGGUACCGGGCGGGGGAGCCGGAGCCAGAGGGGAGGGGGCCGCGGGUUUUCAUGUGCCCAGCAUGAGCUCCUACUUCGUCAACCCCCUGUUCUCCAAAUACAAAGGCGGCGAGUCCCUGGAACCGGCCUAUUACGACUGCCGGUUCCCUCAGAGCGUGGGCAGGAGCCAUGCGCUGGUGUACGGGCCCGGAGGCUCGGCGCCCGGCUUCCAGCACGCCUCGCACCACGUCCAAGACUUCUUCCACCACGGCACCUCGGGCAUCUCCAAUUCGGGGUACCAGCAGAACCCGUGCUCCCUGAGCUGCCACGGAGACGCCUCCAAAUUCUAUGGCUACGAGGCGCUCCCCAGACAGUCCCUUUAUGGGGCUCAGCAAGAGGCGAGCGUGGUGCAAUAUCCCGACUGUAAAUCCUCCGCCAACACUAACAGUAGCGAAGGACAAGGCCACUUAAAUCAAAACUCGUCUCCCAGCCUCAUGUUUCCAUGGAUGAGACCCCACGCUCCGGGGCGACGCAGUGGACGGCAAACUUACAGCCGGUAUCAGACCUUGGAACUAGAAAAGGAGUUUCUCUUUAAUCCUUAUUUGACACGAAAGCGCCGGAUUGAAGUCUCUCAUGCCCUGGGACUGACUGAGAGACAAGUGAAGAUCUGGUUCCAGAACCGAAGGAUGAAAUGGAAAAAGGAGAACAACAAGGAUAAACUUCCCGGAGCCCGAGAUGAGGAGAAAGCAGAGGAAGAAGGAAAUGAGGAAGAGGAGAAAGAAGAGGAGGAAAAGGAAGAAAACAAGGACUAAACAAAAAAAGAGAGAGAUUUUCCCCCCCUUUUAGCAACUCCCUUGAAGUUUCGUUUUAUGGUAGCGGAUAAAUUGAGAAGUUUACGACUGUCAUUUGCUUUUAUAGAGAAUAGAAUGACACUCACAACUCUAACUACCUGUCAGAUACUAGCAGCUCUGGUUUUAUUACCUUUGGACUCCCCCCGCUCUUUAUUUGUCUGGGGGCUGAAGGGGGGAGAGCGAGACGCAGCGAGAAGGAAAAGUUCUGACUCUGUCUCAGUUCUGGCCCCCAGCACACACACUUGCCCCUACCCCCACCCUUAGGAGUCCUUCCUGGGUUUUCAGGUCUGCGACCUGGCCUCCUGGCCCCCUCUCUCACCCCCUUCUUGUCACAGUCCCACCUUCCUCUUUCUCUGGUAUUUAUUUUAGAGGGGAGCCCCCUCAAAAUGCGGAAGAAUAUUCGUGGCUUUGUUUUUAUGCUAGGAUUUAGCUUAUUAAGUUUACUUUUCUGAAAAGGAAAAGGAAGAAAAAUAAGAAAGGAAAAGAAAUAUUUAAAAGAGAUAUGAGGAUGGUAGCAAGGAAUAUUCCCUCCACGGAGCUUCCCGCUUUGAACGACCCCCUUGACUUUCUCUAGGAACCUGAUGGAAACCUGAAGAUGUGGGUCUCUCCCAUCCCCUGCUUUCUGAGGGGUAGAUAGGAACCUGCAGUUGCCUCUGAAUCCUACCUAGCCAUCCCAUGGUCACUCGGGCCCAAGCCCUCUCUCUCUUUCACUGUCUGAUCUCUGUUCUGUUGGGCCUGGCUUCCUCUGAGCGGCGUUACCGCUAGUGCUCAGAAAUUACCAUAAUCAUGAAAAUAAU